GCAUGCCUAAAGGUGAGACAGGUAAAUUAGCAUUGUGGGCUAUGACAAAUAGCGGAAGUGUUUUCGAAAGUUGUUUUGAACUAUGUAGGACCAGAAAAGACUAAAAACUAAGCAAGAUGAUAAAGAAAGAACGUGAAAUAGACAAGGACACCGUGGUGGCCUACCACGCAAGGGUCCAAAAUCAAAUAAAGAAUGAGCUCAAUGGUCUCAACUUGGGCCCAGGUCGCUUUCCAAUGUUCCUGGCCGCAAUGUUUUUUUUAGGUGGUUUAGUAUUGGGUGUAAUCGGUGUUUUAGUGAUCACCUUACGACAUAGACACGUUUAUCUCAUUAGCUGGAAUGACCAGUUCUUGGGACCAGCAUUUAUUGUCUUUUUUAUUUUGUGUGUUGGAAUGGGAACCUACAUGGUUCUCUUGGCACUAAGAAGAACCAACAAAUACAGAAGAGGACUUAUUUUUCGACCUAUAGGAGAUUAUGGAGUUGCUGUUACACAUAAAAGCAGACUUAAUUAUGACAAUGAAACAAAAGAACAGUUGAAGUCUGGUACAACACCACAUGACAGUUUCAAACCAUUAGCUACUUAUACUGCCAAAAAUGAUAAAUAUGGAAGACCUCUCAAUGAUGGUUACGACAAUAGAGGAUACAAAACUGAUCCUCGGGGUCCACCUCCUCAAUAUUCAGAGAAACCAGAUAGGAGAGGUCCACCCAGGAAUAGAGAAGAGGAUAGAUCUAGGGGAGAUAGACCAAGAGGUCCACCUGGUGAUAGAUAUAGAGAAGAUCGAAAUAGACCCUCAGGACCAGAUGACAGACGUAGAGGUCCUCCUGGUGAUAGAUAUGGAGAUGACAGAGACAGAAGAGGUCCACCAAGAGGCCCUCCAAGAGGCCCAAGGGAUCCCAAUGAUCCUGAUAGAAGAGGACCCCCAAGAGAUCCCAAUGAUCCAGAUAGAAGAGGGCCUCCAAGAGACAACAGAGAUCCCGAUCGAAGAGGACCUCCAAGGGAUCCAGAGAGGAGAGGUCCUCCUAGGGGACCACCAAGAGAUCCCAGGGAUCCAGACAGGAGAAGGGAUCCAAGGGAUGAUGAAAGGAGACGUCAGGAAGAUCGGAGGAGAUAUGAUGAUGAUCGUGACCGGCGUAGACCUGAGAAAGUGGUUGAAGCUGGUGAACCUCUGAUAGAAAAGCCUCCAUUGCCACAGAUAGGACCACGACCUCCAGUACCUCCGACAGAUUCUGUGGUGUUCAGUGACAGUGCCGAUGUAUCUUCAGAGUCAAUAUUAUAGUCAACACAUAAUUACAUAUCAAAAUAGAUCUGCAUUAUUUUAUUUCUCAUUUGAACUGUUAAAAAAUUCUGAUAAUUGCAAAAUAUAUAAUUUGAGGAUCUUUUUGUACAACAUUUUUUAAAGUAUCAACACUGGAACAAUGUUUUUAAUGAGAUUUUUGAAAUAAAAAAGAUUUUUUAAUUUUUUGUUUUAUAUCAAUUUAAGCAUUUUUUUUAAAUUUUAGUUUCACCUGCUACUCAAAAGAAUAUAAGCUGCAUUUUACACUAGAAACUUUUGUAAUCUAGUUUUAUAUAUUACCAUAAUAAGAUAAACAUUCCUACAAACGCACAGGUUGUGAUUUUUGUACUUUGUGCCAUUCAUUUUGUAUAUAGUCAAAUCAUUGUAUAAUCAAUUUCAUGCAUAAUUUUUACAACUAUGAGCAACCUAGAUUUAUAUUUAGCAUUAAAAAAAAUCAGUUUAGAAAUUUACAUACAUGUAAUAUAUAAAAGAAAUGUGACCAGUAUAAUCACUGAAUUUUCAUAUAAGGUACCUUUUGUAAAUAAUACGGUAGUUCAUUUUAUAAUUAAUUUCAUGAAUAAUCUCUGAUAAUUUUUUUAAAACAUUUUAAUUUGGUUUCACAUGUAAUUUUGGUGCGAUUUUCAUUUGAUAUGGGAAGGUUUUUGUUUUGUUUUUCAAAAUUAUUUUUACAAUUUUUGUUACCUUUGUGUAUGACAAAACAAAUUUAAUUCAGAAAUUAAAUUGAUAUGUGCAAUUUCCUGAUGGUUAAAAUUAUAAAAUUUGAUAUGAAAUAAAAAAUAUUAGAUGUUAAAUAGAAAUUAAAUUUUAUACUCUUAAUAAAUAUGUUAUAGAAA